UAUAACGGUUCACCUCAUUCAAACUGAAGCCAAUAUCAUUCAACUAUCAUUAUGAAGUUUCUCGUAGCAGUUCUCUCCUUGAUUGCCGUUGCGGCUGCCCAGGAUUUGUACACCACCAAGUUCGACAACAUCGACGUGGAUGAGAUCCUGAAGUCGGAUCGUCUGUUCAAGAGCUACUACCAGUGUCUGUUGGAUGAGGGCCGUUGUACUCCGGAAGGUAACGAGCUGAAGCGUUCCCUGCCGGAUGCCCUGGAAACUGGCUGUUCCAAGUGUAGCGAGAAGCAACGUAGUGCUGGAGUGCGUGCUGUGAAGUACCUGAGUGAGAAUCGUCCGACUGAAUUCAAGGCCCUGCGCAAUCGAUUCGAUCCUGAAAACAAAUACGUUGAACAGUAUGUCAGGGAUGCCGAGAAGGAAGGAAUUACACUUAAUAUUUAAAGAUCUAGCUUGUAAUGAGUGUUAAGUGACAAUAGCGAACGAUGUUGAGUAAAAAAUGUUGAAACAAAUAACAAAGUUUUAAAAUUUGAAUUCUGUUGCUGAUUCGGUGUCUGUUGAAAAUCGAAGCUCUACACUGCAAUACUAUGAGGAUGUACUGUAUAAUGAAGAUCUGGUCAGUUGUCGAUCGUCCGUUCCCGAAGUCGGCUCGAUAACAUCCCACGAACUCGCCUACGCAAGACAAAAGAUGAACUGGGAUAACAUUCGUUUUUUUUUUUGAAUAUUGAGAUGUUUAGAAUUAUGCAGGUUCAUCUCAUUAGGUAUUUUGUAUUUUGUAGGCCGAGUUUUGAGAGGUGAUAGCUUGGAAGUUAUCACACUCCAACUUAUUGCCUGUUUGUGGUUUGGACACAUUACCCCUUUCUUCCACUUCUCUGAUAGCUGUUCUGUUUCUCAGGGUACCUAUAACUGUGGAAAAACCAACAUUGUCGGACUCAUCUUUAUGAGUUCAGUUCCAUUCAUACUAACUUCAUUGUUCUUGACAAUAGGGCGAUGUUCAAAAGUGAAAACGCAACAUAUGGCUCUUUUUCAGUGGUAGUAAAAACGAAAUCCUGAAACAAAUAAAGCACCACGGAUGGUAAACUAAA